AAGAUGGUUUUGAGAAACCGAGCCCUGAUUAACACUAGAGAGAGACGUGACUAUUGUGGAUCCUCUGGGGAGCCUAAACAACAUCAUAAAGCUGAGGAGGCAGAGAAGAGUCUCUCCACAUCAGAACACCCCAAGAAACACCAGCGGAAACCCACAGGGAAGAAAUCUGACCACUGCUCUGACUGCGGGAAGAGAUUAACCUCGUUAGCAGACCUCAAAAGACAUCAGAGAAUCCAUACAGGAGAGAAGCCUAAUAGCUGUGAUCAAUGUGGGAAGAGUUUUAGUGUUCCAAGCAGCCUGAAAACACACCAGAAAACACACACAGGAGAGAAAUCUUAUAGCUGUGAUCAAUGUGGGAAGCGUUUUGUUACAUCUACCAGUCUGACUAUACACCAGAGAAUACACACAGGGGAGAAACCUUAUAGCUGUGAUCAAUGUGGGAAGAGUUUUAAUGUUCCAAGCAGCCUGAAAACACACCAGAGAACACACACAGGGGAGAAACCUUUUAACUGUGAUCAAUGUGGGAAGAAUUUUACUUCAUCUAGCCAGAUGACUAUCCACCAGAGAACACACACAGGAGAGAAACCUUAUAGCUGUGAUCAAUGCGGGAAAAGUUUUACUCACUCAAGCAACCUGAUGGUACAUCAGAGAACACACACUGGAGAGAAACCUUAUAGCUGUGAUCAAUGUGAGAAAAGUUUUGUUACAUCUAGCUGUCUGACUAUACACCAGAGAACACACACAGGAGAGAAACCUUAUAGCUGUGAUCAAUGUGGGAAGAGUUUUACUCAGGCAAACAUCCUGAUAUCACACCAGAGAACUCACACAGGAGAGAAACCUUAUAGCUGUGAUCAAUGUGGCAAGAGUUAUGCUGGUAAAAGAUCUCUGAUUAAACAUCAGAAAGUACAUACAUGAAGGAGUUGUUUCAUGAUAUCAAUGAAAUGUCACAAUGUAGAAUGUUUUAACAUUGUAGAAGGAG